AUGCUGUGGGGGAAGAAGCCAUUGGAGUUCUCGGUGGCUGAAACUAAAGCUAUUGUGCAAGAAGCUCUUCCAGAACUGGAGAAAAAACUGGGCCAGCCGCUCUAUUUGACAUCCGCCGGUGUGGUCACUCAUGAUCAACUUGCUAACGACGUUAGAGAUCUUCUGACCAAAGGUCGAGAAGAAACCAGUUUGGAUUUGAUGAGCUUUGACCUCGAUGUUGCGCGCACUUCUCUUCAGUCUGUUCUAAAUGAGUUGAAACUCGAUAACGUUUAUUUCGGUUCAGUUAUUCUUCCUCAGCCGGUAGUUUUAUCUAAUUUGGAAAACUUAGAAAAUGUCCAAGAGCCUGUUUUGGCGGUUGAAUAUUGCAAGACACACAAUAUUAGCAUGAAAUUGCUCGAAUGGCUUGGCAAGAAUUCCGAUUUUGUUAUUAUUGAAGGUGUGCUGCUCAAAGAGUCUUUGUUUAUUGCCGCCAAGAAGGAGUUUCUUCAGGAUCUUUCAAAGCAAACAAGUCCAAUAAGUUUGAAGGACCUGGUCCCAAACGAUCUCUUGAUCUCUGUUAUACUCACUAUCUACUCAAACUCAGCGGAAAUUGCGGGCUCUAUUGACAGAAAUACUCUGAUAUAUACCCCAAGGUCGUACGUUGAGUCUCAGCGUACACAAGCCCUCGACAAGCUCCGGAGCGACGGAAAAAUCUCAAAUGGAGAGCUGAGCAAGCUGAAUAUCCGAGAUCCGGCAAAAUUUGCUCGUAAAAAUAAUAUAAUCGAUAUCGAGGGUUAUGUCGUUACGCCAGAGUAUGUUGCAUCUCAAAGGGACCAUGUCAAACAGCUUCUCGACACCCAAGGCUAUGUCGCUAUUGACGAAGACAUAGAGCUUGGGCAGAAAAUUGUUGAUAAAAUUGGUUUACAGGCACGUUUCUCGAAUGGAUACAAUCGCUUUUUUGUUAGCCCCACUUUUGAAACAAAACUUAAGGACGAGGUAGCCAGCGAGGCCUCUAAAAAGGCCGAGGAAGAUGCGGAAAAGGUCAGUAUUGCACCCGGCGAGCGAAUCAAGGAGCUAGUUGCCAAAGUCAGCGGUAAGGCACUAUCGAUUCGUGACAUUGAACAAAGACUCGAUUCUCUUCCGGAAAAACUUCAAAAACAAAUCGCAAUGCGUAUUUCACAGGCUAUUCGCCAAUCUUACUUGGAUAAGGCAACUCAAGUUUUGCAGGCAAAGCUUGACGAGAUUCAGAAGCAAGUUAAUCUUAAGCUGGGGGUUUACUUAGGCGGUCUCUUGACGCUCGAGGAGCCGCUGCGGGCCGUCGCCUUCAAAGAGUGGGAGCAAUAUUUAUCAGACUGUGAUUGUCUUCCUGUAUCAGGAAUCGAUGACGCCAAGAGCAGUUACAUCGAAAGCUCGUCAGUCCAAAAAUUACAAGCCACCGCUGCUCAGGUUUUGUCACACCAGGAACGUAAGCUACAGGCUGCAUCGGAUCCCGCGCUGGUACUUCAUCUUGCUGUUGUUGUUUGGCACGCCAGAAACCAUGUUGCAAACAGCACGGGAGCUCUCAGAAUUCGCGGCAAACUCGUCCCCAAAGUGCUCAAGGCAUUCGAGUUCCCUCCGUCGUUCAACCAGCUCAAAAAGGCAGUAGUGUCCGGAGACGGUGCCAAAGAGCUCGCAAAAGAGGUAAAAGAGCAGGUCUUGCAAAACUGA